AUGGUUCGCCACAAGAAAGACAAAUUCUCAUCUCGAGGUGGAAAAGGUCAUGGAAACGCCCGACCUCGACCGCGCACUACCGAAGAGGAUCCCGAACAGGGAUCAGAUUCUUCUAAACCUGCAUUUAAAGCUGCUUGUUGGGAUUUGAAUCAUUGCGAUCCGAAACGAUGCUCAGGGAAGAAAUUAAUACGACUCGGCCUCAUGCGAGACCUUCACCUAGGCCAAAGACAUAAUGGUGUCAUUAUCACACCUAACGGAAAGCACAAGCUCUCUCCCGCCGACAAGGAGCUCAUGGACCAGUACGGCGCCGCAGUAGUAGAGUGCUCUUGGGCGCGAACGCAGGAAGUUCAAUGGAACAAGGUUGGCGGCAAAUGCGAGCGCCUGCUGCCAUACUUAGUCGCUGCAAAUACCGUCAAUUACGGAAAGCCUUUACGAUUAAACUGCGUAGAGGCCCUGGCUGCUUCAUUUUACAUAUGUGGACAUUCCGAUUGGGCGGAGGAGGUUCUACGACCAUUCAACUAUGGCGAAUCUUUUCUGGCUAUCAACUCGAAGCUGUUGAAGAAAUAUGCAGCUUGCGCAGACGAGGACGAGAUCGUGAAGACCGAAAAGGAAUGGAUGGAAAGAUUAGAGCGGGAACACGCCGAAAGCAGAGAGAAUGCUGACGACGACGAUUUAUGGAAAGGUGGCAACGUUAAUCGGCGGGUUAUCGUUGACUCGGACGACUCGGAUGAAGAGGAAGGCGAUGAUGACGAGGAAGAAGGUGAAGACGGAGAUAACGAUAGUGUCAAUGGGAUAUAUCUAGGUAAGAAGCCGACUCAAUGGCCAAAACUAGGGGAAGGCGCAAAGGAUGAGCAAGAGGGAGGGACUAGUAGGGACCCGUUUGAUAUUUCAGACGACACCGACGACGAUGCUGAAAUGGAGGAGAUCCGACGCAAGGUCCUCGCGUCAAAGCCGUUUGCCAAUGCAGAUGAGACGGACCGAAAGCCGAAGCCGCAGGCAAUACCGCCCCCUCUCCAACAGCAAAGAUAUAAAGUCGACUCCGACGCGGAACCGGACUCGGAUAACGGAUCGGAUAACGAAGGAGAUGAUGCUUUCGACGAUAUUAUCGACGCUACGCCCGUCACGGAUAGGACAGGGCUGGCGAGGCUUGAGAAGGAGAGAUCGAGAGCGAAUGUUAUGAGUCGGACGUUUUCGUCGGGUACUGCGGAAGCACCGAAGAGGUGGUGA